AUCACUGAGUUACACUACUCCCCAAAAACACCUACUUUGCUAUUCACACCGACUGAUGAGGUCAAUGGGCGUCUGAUAUUUGAUUCAUGUGGCUUUUGCAAGGAGAAUCUAGUUGAUGUGCGGUUUUCGAAACACCUGACCGACAAUUGCCAUACUACCACCAACCGUUUUGCCUUGAGUGGCCCGUUCAUCGCACCGACCCUUUCGAUCUACCGCCUUUGGAAUGGAAGUAAUGGUAGCCUUGACAGCGUGGGUUGCAUCAUUUGCUUGCCGGAAUGUUGGAAUCAGUGCUAGGUUCGAAUCGAUUUGUUCCCAAGAUGGCCACGGACAUAGGCUGGAAGACAUACUUUUUCAGGGAGCCGCGGUCUAUUUGCCAGGCUCCGAGGGUUUCACCGAAGCAACGACAAGAUGGUCCUCACUGUACGCCCCCAACUUAACUCUCGUCGUUUCUCCUAGCGUAGAGGAUGAUGUCGCCAAAACGGUUCAAUACGCGAACGAAAAGGAUUUACCAUUUCUUGUGGUUAAUGGCGGUCAUGGGGCGAUCAAGACUGUUGGGGCGUUGCAUAAUGGUAUCGGGAUAUGGAUGAAUAGGUUAAGCAGUGUUGAGAUUCUCGAGGAUGACUCGACAGCUAAAUUUGGGGGAGGGACUUUGUCUAAGAUCAUCACCGACACCCUCUGGGCGGCAGGAAAGCAAACAGUGACAGGAGGUUGUGAAUGCACCAGUCUUCUUGGGCCUGGGCUGGGAGGCGGUCACGGCUUUCUUCAAGGCCGUCAUGGAUUAAUAUCAGACCAGUUCGUCUCAAUGAAUGUCGUGCUGGCUAAUGGAAGCUUGACAACCGUCAGCGCAACCUCAAACCCGGAUCUUUGGUGGGGUCUGCAGGGCGCUGGCCACAAUUUCGGUAUUGUGACGUCCGUCACCUCAAAGAUAUAUCCUGUUCAGUACCCUGACUGGGCAUAUGUGAGCUUUAUUUACUUGGGAGAUAAAGUCGAGGCUCUCUAUGCGGCGAUCAACGAUCACCUUCUGAAGGGUGGAUCGCAACCUGUGGACAUCAUCAACUAUUCCUUCUUCUUCAGCUCUCCUGAUAUCGAUCCUACCAAGCCUGUCAUUAUGUUCUAUAUCCUGCAAGAAGGAGUAACGGCUGUUGAUUCAGCGUAUACCAGCCCCUUUUACGAUCUUGACCCCAUAACCACCGCCGCGGAGGGGGGAAGUUACACCGAUCUGCCCGCUUGGACCGGGAAUGCCCUCGAAUCCCCACCAUGCCAGAAAUCCGGACUUGUAAACAUGCGCUUCCCCAUUGAUCUCGAGUCUUAUGAUAUCGCUGCGCAGCGAAAAGUAUACGACCUCUUCGCCCAAGCCUUUCAAGACACGCCUGCCCUCAACGGUUCGCUAUUUCUCUUUGAGGGGUACUCGUUACAAGGUAUCCGAGCCGUUCCGAGCGAGUCGACCGCAUACCCUUUCCGAAACGACAAUCUACUCAUCGCGCCGCUGAUCACAUACGCACCUGGGGGUCCCGAGUUGGACAACCAGGCAGUGGAGUUGGGAGAGAAGCUAAGACAGGUUCUCUACGAGGCUAGCGGCCGCACGGAACGACAUACGUAUGUUAAUUACGCAUAUGGGGAUGAAUCACAAAGGAAUUGGUAUGGGUAUGAGGAGUGGCGCCAGACGAAGCUGGAGCAGUUGAAGAAUACAUACGAUCCGAAGCGGAGGCUUAGCUUCUACGCUCCCAUCGCCUAGAUUCGCGUACCUCUCUCAUCAGUGCAUUUCUGGAUAUGGCGAGAUGAAAACCAUAUGAGCACAAAAGGGGUAAUAGGAGGCUUGGGUACCUAGUACCUACCUAAUCACAUGUCAGCUACAAGAUGCUGAACUUCAUGACGAUGAGCCAAGUAGGAAAAUUCUGGGCCAAUCUUGCAGCCUUGUUUCACUGGAAAUAUUAAAGCAUCCAUGUCAGCUGUGGUAUCAUGUAUGUAUUAGAUCAGGUAGCCCCCAACUCCUAUCGGGGUUAUACCACAUCUUUCGGAGAAUAUAGUGCGUCAGCGGUAUUCGCAAGCGAUUCUAAGUGUAUAUGGUGGAGUAGUUGAACUGAACAGUAGGGGAUUUCAUCAAAUGCUACUAGUGAGGGCGCAUAUAGGAGGCAGGUAGUUAAUGAGGCUUGUUGUAUUUCAAAGAGGCUCCAACCCUUAUCCAAGGCAAGCAAGUUGGCAGUUAUAAAUGGAAUGCUGCAUCGAAUUCAACAGAAGAAUGUAGCGCGAAUGGGACGGGUAUGAAGGGGAAGGAUGUUAGUUAGAUUAAGG